GCAAGCAUGUUGGUUUUCUCCUGGUCUCUUGCGGCUCUGCUGCUGGUGUCGUCCUCCUGGGCUGAGGAAGAGGUUGCUGCCGUUGAGGGCGACGCCUCCAAGGAGCUGACGGUCAGCGAGCUGCUGACCAGAGCCAACAGGGACCUCACCCCUGACUUUGAUGAGCCCCGCCUGGUGGGAGGAGACAUCGCCGUCAGGUCCGAGGCCGACAGGAACGCCGACCCCUGCACCGCCAGAGGCUGCCUCUGGCAGAAGUACAGCGAUGGGAAAGUCUACAUCCCCUACUUCAUUGCCAACCACUACUCCUCCCGCGAGAAGUCCAUCAUCACCCGCGGCCUGGAGUCCUUCUCCCAAGUGUCCUGCAUCCGUUUCCGUCCCUAUGGCAACGGAGAUCACGAGUGGCUGAGCAUCGAGUCCAGGAGCGGCUGCUACUCGUUCGUGGGCCGUCAGGGGGGCGGCCAGACCGUGUCCCUGAGCAAGCAGGGCUGCCUGUACCACGGCACCGUGCAGCACGAGCUGCUGCACGCCCUGGGAUUCAACCACGAGCAGACCAGGAACGACAGGGACAACCACAUCAGAGUGCACUGGAACAACAUCAUCGAAGGCAUGGAGUACAACUUCUACAAGAUUGACACCCUGAAUCAAGGAACUCCUUACGACUACAACUCUGUCAUGCAGUAUGAGAGGUACGCCUUCUCCAAGAACAACUACCCCACCAUGGAGCCCAUCCCCUACAGCAACGUGGCCUUUGGGCAGGCCACCCAGAUGAGCCAGAACGACAUCACCAGGCUGAACAGACUCUACAAUUGCUAGACAGCAGCUGCGGCUCUUUGCUCGACUCCGACCAGACGACUCCAGAACAUGUCAACGGUCUGAAGGAGGCCUGGGUUUGGGGCAGAAAGCAGUUUUGGCCACAGUUUUCUCAUUUCUGUCCGACGACUAAAUGUGAAGAAAUAAAAAG